CUGGUACUGGCAGAGGAGCUGAACAUCUACUUCGCCCACUUUUAGGUCACGGUACUGGAGGCACUGGAGUCACAGCAACAACACACGGCCCACAGCAGCACCACCUUCACCCUGGAGGAACACGAGUUAAGUGCUGCUGAAGAGGCGGAGGGAGCAUUACGACGACCAUUACACCCAGUCAGAUGUCUGGGGCCAGGAUCACCUGUGUGAGGGGUCAGGGACCCAACGAGGGGGUCCCCUUCAUCGAUGAAUACAUCUCCACUCAGGAGCAGGUGGUCGACUAUUUGACAAAAUACUCUGGAAUCGAACCUGGAGACCUGGAUGCCACAGUAUCCUCUAAGCACGUGACCACGCUGAAGUCGACCUACCUGAAGCUACGCUUCCUCAUCGACUCAGGAGUUCGCUUCGUCGGCCACGGCCUGCAGAAAGACUUUCGUGUCAUUAAUUUAGUGGUUCCCAAAGAUCAAGUUAUCGACACUGUCCACCUCUUCCGAUUGCCCUACAAGAGGAUGAUUUCUCUGAAAUUCCUUGCUUGGUAUUUUCUUGGCCUCAACAUCCAGGGAGAAACCCACGACAGCACGGAGGACUCAUGCACGGCCCUGAAGCUUUACAGGAAGUACCUGGAGCUGUAUCAGGAAGGAGGGAAUCAUUACGUGACGAAGGUGCUCUACGAAGUCUAUGACAAAGGCUUCCAGCUGAACUGGAAAGUCCCGGAUUUGGAUGCGAGAUAGUCCGUCUGAGUGGACUGAAUGCACUCUCCUUCCAUCCACAGGUGCUGCUGUGCUUCCCUCUGGGACUGUGAGCAACACCAUGACCUGAAGAUGCUCGGGCUGCUUAUUCUGUAUCAUAUUUUAUAGUUAUUUGCUUUGAGUCAGUGACUCAGUUGUUUUUAUCAUAUCUAAAUGUAAGCUUUUUAUAUCAGAGAGGCUUACAGGGGGGGAAAGUGAUCAUUCAAAAUAUGAAUUUUUUUUUUUUUUUAAAGAAAAAGACAAAAUUGUUGCAUGUAAAUGAAGUCAUCCUGAGCACUGUAAAAUGUUUGUUGUUUGAUACCAGGAAGUGGAGAAUGUGUAUGAAUCCAUGAAAAUCUUGAUUAAAACAGAUUCCAACCACAAUGAAUUUAGUUUGUUUUUUUCACCAGCUUCUGUG